GAUGACGUUGUCACAGAGAGAGCGACAUUAGCCCAGGUGUUGGAAAGCUAUGAAAUGCAAUUGAAAAAAUCACGUCAGGCCGAAGUAGGUGAUUUGAGUGGGCCUGUGGUCGAAAGUCACAUUUCUACCGAGGAUUUAACACGUGUUAACUCGAAGCCCACUGACCAAAGCGCGAAUGCUAAUUUAACUAUGCCAAGCGGUCGACUUUUAGAGGAAGUCUGUGAAAUUAAUGACCACGACGAUUUUAACCAUUACGAGGUUCCCAAUCGUGAUAGUGCAAACUCGGUAGCAAGUGAAGAGAAAACAAGCGCUAGUGAUCAACAAAAGGACACGGACAAUCGUGAAACGGCAGAUUUGUGUGAUAUGGAUAUCAGUGCGCUGGAAAACCUUAUUCCGAAGGGACCAAAAAUCAUGAUACCCAACGAAGAAUCUCUGCUACCAUUACAAGUUCAAGAAGUCAUAAACGAGGAAAUCAUAAGCGUGGAGAGACCAAGGCAAGUGGAGCAUUUCAAUCUCGAGUACAUGGAUGAAAUAUUUAGUGAUAAUUUACCCGAGGAAAAUAAAGCCGUUCAGAGCGAGGUUCCAAUUUCAAAUUGGUCUGAAAAGUAUUUAGCAGUAACAAAAGCAGCCAUACAAAGUGGAAAUGAAGAAGACGAUUUAGAUUGUUUGCAAAAUAGAAUAAAGGAGUUAGGGAAAGAG